GCUGGUGUUAUAACCUGAGAACAACUCUCUCUGCUCGCGUACAUACGAGAGAAUUGCGAGUGUCUUUCGGAUCGUGAGCGAUAUAAACAGCAGGAGACGUCCGCGGUUUCAGGGCAGAGCUGAGCGGCGAGAUGGAGUGGUUUGGAGGCGGCGUGUUUCAAGCUGAACCGGACCGAAAGGAAAACAUGCCCCGCGCACACCCACACGAGCCCAGUGCGGAGAGCAUGGCAUCUCUGUGCCUGAGUCAGCAGCGCUGUGUGAAGGCCUCGAUCGCGUCGCAGUGGCAGCUGGCCGAGGCGCAGGACCAGCUCUGCGGUUUGGAGCUCCACAGCUCUGAGUCUGUGGAGCAGGAGCGCGCCCGAGCCCUGGCCUCCUCCGCGGAGCUCUCGCAGACCGAACAGGAGUGGAGACAUAAAGAGACCAUGCUGGGACGGAGCCCCACUCUGUGCCCCGAGGCCAGCCGAGAUGUGUUUGACAAGAGUAUCAUAAACCGUUCACAGUCUUGGCCUAAUGAAUCCGAUCACGAUAAGAACAUAAGCUUCGUCCAGCGUAAUGAAGAACUCUUGAAACAUUUUGGUAUGUUGAGGAGGUGGGAUGAUAGUCAGCGCUUUCUAGCAGAGUACCACCAUCUCAUCUGUGAAGAAACGGCCAAUUAUCUGAUCCUGUGGUGCUUCCGUCUGCAGGCAGAGCAAAAAGAGGCAUUAAUGGAGCAGGUGGCUCAUCAGUCAGUCGUCAUGCAGUUUAUUCUGGAAAUGGCCCGCAACACUCAGCAGGACCCACGAGGCUGUUUCCGUCAGUUCUUUCAGAAAGCCAAAGCAGGGCAGGAGGGAUACUUGGACGUCUUCCACACAGAACUCAACGACUUUAAGCAGAGAGUUAAAGAGUAUACCAUGAAGUCAAAAGGAGAAACCCCAAAGGAUACAGUGCACCAAAACACACCGGCAGGCUGUCGCCUCGACCCCAACGAGGUUUUGGAGUCUUUGCCACCGGAGCUGAAAACAUGCAUCCAGAUGCAGGAUAUGCAGAUUCUUCAGAACGUGCUGAGCAGCAUGAACACGCAGGUGGCAGAAUACCACGUGAAGCGUUGCUUGGAGGCAGGAAUUUGGACGAAUAUACCACGAGCCUCCAAAGAAGAAAGUUCAGAAACGGACGAGUGGAGAAUGAUGGAGAGCUAGCAGACGAAACUUCACUAGGAAACCAGCUUUGGGUCGCAGGACAGGAAGAACAAGGGCUGUGCUCAGAGACUUUUGUUUUGUAUCCGUGCCUGGAUGUGUGCUGCACUUUAUAUUUGUUUAAAAGAGAAAGUAUUUUAAAAGAGAUCGGGAACUGUAUUUUGAGGCACUUAUAUUUUUGUGCACAUUUCUGUUGCUAACUUCUUCUGUUUUAGCAUUUUGAGAAACGUUUAGGAAAGCGGUACGUGCAGGAGUGCAAAGGAAAACCUCAUAGUUUAAAUCAAGCUUUUUUCUCAUGUUCUUUUUGUUGUUCUCCGCCGUUGGAUUGUAAUCUACAGCAUCCACUGAACAUUCAGACUCCAGCUGCUCUCUGGGAACUGUUUCAUGUGUCAUCUGUGCAUGGACACGGCAGAUAACAGUCGGCUUCCUGCAGAUAGACAAACGACACUAAGGCGAAGCAGGACCUCCCACUUUGCUAUCUUCACGAUGGAAAUGAGACCUUUGCAAAAAGUUCAAGUAGUACAACAUGAAAACCAGCAAUAUAAUAUUGUUACCUUCAGUUAUAAUGAAAGAGAUUCACGUUCACUAUCAAAAUGUAAACCGGAUGCUAAAGGCACUGGGGCUGUUGAGUUUGAUAUGAUGUCAAAAGUCACAAAUUGGGAUGGUUCACCCAAAAAAAUCAUAAUUUCUCAAUCUUAGGUUGUUCCAAACCUGUUUGACUUGACGUUGAACACAAAUUUUUUUUAUUCAUACAAUGACGGUCAAUGGCAUCCAAUCAAUGUUGUUUUGGACCCCAUUGACUUUCUUUCAUUAUAUGGUCAAAAACAAGCAAUGUUCUUCUAAAUGUCUCUUGCAUUUUCCAUAGAAGAAAGAAAGCGAUGCAUGUUUGGAUGAUGACCCAUCCCAACAAAUAAGACUUUCAGAGAUGCCAUUUUGCCUCGCCAUCAACCGGACUUGUAUUGAUUGCGGUAAUUGCAUUGAAACACGGCCGAUGCUGUUUGCUUAUCGCAUCCAGCUAUACAGCAUAUAUAAGAGCAUAUACAGCAAACCACGAUUUGUGUAAUAUUAAAUGAUGUCUGUGAUGACAUUGUGCAAAUCUUUACAAUCAGAUCGAAAUCCUCAAUUAAAUCUUUAGACCACCGGUAUUGCUGACUGAUUGAAAUCUUUAAUUUUGCCGUUUAUUUUGAUUAGAAUAACGUCUUGGCAUUUUAUAAAUGUGUUGGCUAGUUCUCUGUGUGAGGGAUUCACCUCGGACUACUUGUAGGCAAUAAACGGGCCUAAAACGUGUGGGUUUUAGAAGGAGGGGCGUUUUUGGUUGAAAGCAGCUAGGAUCAAAUGUACGAUAUGUGCUUUUGCGGCACGUCCACUCAACAAAAGGAACAUAAGGCACCGGUCAUAAAGUUAAUAUAUG